AUGGGUUUGAAUUUUUCGAAGAGUAAACUUAUUGGAAUUAACAUUUCUAUUCACUUCUUGGAAGAUGCUGCAAAUUUCUUGUCUUGCAGAAUUAAAGGUGCGAAAUUUAACUUUCUUGAAGUGCCUGUCGGUCUUAAGUCUAAGAAGGUUUCAGGUUGGGAGCUUUUGAUUAAGAAGAUGAAGGCGAGGCUAUCUAAUUGGAAAGGCAUAAUAUUAAAUCUUGGCGGGCGCAUUACAUUGUUAAAGUCAGUAUGGAGCAGUCUUCCAAUCUUCAUUCUUUCCUUUUACAAAGCCCCUGUUACAAUUUGCAAAGAAAUCACGAAGAUGCAGAAUAAUUUUCUUUGA